AUGUUCUCAACACGUUCUGAAACAAGAGCAGUUAAGCAAUUUGUAAUAGAGCCAUGGGUCACACCCCAUAUCAAAACAGCAAUUAUUUUGGAUGAUAAAAAUGACCGAGUACUUUUUAUUGGCAAACAUACAAUACAGUUAUGGUCUAAUUUCACAGAAGAGAGAACACUGCAGUACAUUUGGUGCAGACCAAUUAUUAAAAAAAAUCGAGAAAAAAAUUUUAUUAAAGGAUAUUUUAUUAAGUGGGCAGAGUUGACGAGAGGGCCAGACGGAGAGUUUAUUAUCGCUUUCGAGUAUGAGGUGGACGGCAUUAGCAAUAGUAUUAAAACCGGAUUCCACUUGCCACGUAAGGAUGCUCCUGCCAGUUUCCACACAGUAAGAGAUGCAUCGUUUGCUCUUGGAUUUUUGAAUUCAUUUGAACAAGAAUCGUGGCCAACUGAAAGAUAUCGACGCUAUGAAACACUUAUGGACGAGUGUCAAGGGAUUAUUCGCCGCGCCCUUUCGUCUUCCGAGGGCGAUGUAUUUGAACACGUUGAAGACUUUGGCAGUAUUGAAUCGACUGACGAAUCAGAGCACAGGCUCAGGCCGCUUAUACCUUUAUGGCUUGAAAUAAUUGGAGGCAUUUCAAAUGAUGAUUCAAAAGCGAUAUGGAGCAAAGGAUCAAUCUUGAAAGUUUUAAUGCAAUUUGAUUGUGAACGGGCCAAUACUUUGAUUGAGGAAUUGUUGAAGAAAGAAAAAAUUUCUCUGAGGUUUUAUGAUUUGGAAAAACACGAGUGUCCUCAAUCAGACCUUUCUUACGCUAUAUCAUUGGGUAGAACAGAAAUUGUCCGUUCAUUACUACGCUAUUAUUGCAAGAGUGCGGAGAAAUCAGAGAGUAUGAAGUCGGUGAAUAGGAACUCGAAGUUUAAGCCUAACCCCGAGAAUAGCCUGCGACUUGUUGUUCCUGCGUUCAGCAGACUGUGUUCAAAACACCCUGGCACUGCUGUGGAAUUGGUUAAAUCUAUUAGUUACUUCCAAUUAAACAGGCCCGCUGUAUGGAGCAAUAAACGGGAGAACUUUGCCUACUCAGAUAUGGAAAAAAGCAGCGAUGAUGUGUAUAAAGCAGAUGCGAAUAAUGAUACUGUCUUUAAGUGGAGUAGGUUUUUUAGCAAUGAACAUCGGAAUGAGAGCUAUCCGUAUCUUGUAUGUACCGUUCCUCUGCCGAACUUUACCCAGUACCCGGAGCCACCAGAGUCACGUCUCGGAUUUCUGAAUGUACUUAAAUGGGGCAAAUACCUUUCUCCAUUUGCUAGUGCGGUGCUCCAAGGUCGAUAUGAUAUGUUUGGCGAACCAGCCAUGGAGGCUAUUAUUAAUUUCAAAUGGAGGAAAUUUGCUAGAAUACGAUAUAUCUUUUUUAUUGGUGUAUAUUUCUUGUACCUUGCUUCAUUCAUGGCGGCUGUUACUCUCGAUUCUGAAAGAGCACAGCAGGGAAACGAGACCGAGCAUUUAAUCAGAUUUUUCUCGUCUGUGGUGCUGAUAUUGGGAUUCAUUUUUAUUGGACUUGAGGUGAUGCAAAUGAUCGCGUAUCGCUCUUACUAUGUAACUAUAUAUAAUUUGAUUGAUCUGGCAAGUACGUUAAUGCCGAUAACUUACGCAAUCGGGGCACUUUCCGGAAGCGAUGUCAGACGUCAAUACGUUGGCGGUUCCAUGUUCUUUGUCUAUGUCAAUUUUAUUCUGCGGCUCCGAGUGUUCAAGGGUUUUGGGAUACCAAUAUUUAUAAUAAUAGAAAUAUUCAACAGAGUUCAAGGGAUUAUGUUCAUAAUUGCAAUGAUGGUGGUUGCAUACACGCACAUUUACUGGCUUUUGUUGUCCUAUGCGGAAAUUACAGAUUUGGUAGGCAAUAGCACAGUUAUAGGCCAAUUCGCGACUCCGGAAGAAUCGCUAGUUUCGGUUUUCUUUUUUGUGACAAACAAUUUCGGCAAUAUCAGUGAUGCGUACGGCAAUCCGACAAUUGCGCUUCUGACAAUCGCAUUCACGUUCAUAACCGCGAUAGUGUUGUUGAACAUUUUGAUUGCCUUAAUGAGCGAUGUCGUUGGUGAUGCCAAAACUGUUGGUCGGCAUGCUUGGCUUAAACAAAAAGCAGAGCUCAUAUGCGAAUUAGAGAUGUGUACGCUUACGCGGAAGCAAAGGCAACGGCUCGAUUUCUUUCCAUACUUGAUAUACUACUAUGCGAAAAGCGAUUCCAUAAAUGAAUACAAGAAAAGACUUGAAAAACAUAGAAAAAAGGAAAACAUUUAUUGA